AUGGGCGACCAGCAGGUGGUGGGCAACGGAAGUCACGCCCAAGCGUUAUGCGCCGGCGGCGCACGCGGAAACGGCGGAAGCGGGGAUUUGGCGCAGCUUCCGAAGGAAAGCGCCGGAGCCGCUGAUCGGCAACGUGACGACCAUCGACUUCUGCCUCUCCGCGCCCUUCCACUUCGCCGCUACCAUCUCCACCAGCGCAUGCAGGCAUACAGCUGGCGGUUCAGGGCGCCAGCUGCUGAUGGCGGGCGGGGAGAGGCAGGGGCAUCAUGUAGGUCAGGCGGGCGCCUCUUUGGGGGAGGGGAAAGAGGGAAGCAUGGGAAGAAGGCGAUUGGUUGGGAGGAGGGGGGCAAUGGGUGGGUACGCUCUCAGGCGGAGGACUACCUAUGGGCGCAGCACAAGCACCCCCUGGUGGGCGGUGCACGACAACAAGCUGCGGCGCUUCUAGCACUACGCUGCCCUCCCAGCCGCCAUGCAGGACGCUUCCUGGAGAAAUCCGAGUUGCUGGUGGCGGUGGUGGAGGAGAUGGUAGCGCGCAACGUGCUGGCCAGUGCCAUUGCCGUGCUGCCUGUCAAGUCGCUCAGCCGCUUCCUGCAGUUCUGCAGUUCUGCAGUUCGCCCCCCUCUGCGUGCAACGCACCUCCCUGCGUGCAACGCACCUCCCUGCGUGCAUCGCACCUCCCUGCGUGCAUCGCACCUCCCUGCUUGCAUCGCACCUCCCUGCCUGCAUCGCACCUCCCUGCGUGCAUCGCACCUCCCUGCCUGCAUCGCACCUCCCUGCUUGCAUCGCCUUUCAGUGCCGCUCUACCCAUUCUCGUUAUGUGCUUCCCAAGGCUCCCUCUGCCAUUGCAUCCCACGUCACUCCACCUCUCUGCAUUCUCCUACACAGCUCACCACUCUUCCCUUCCCGCCUGCACCCGCAUUACCCCCCAACACCCUCGUGCAACCCCCUCCCCCUCACCCACCAUUCGAGCAGGUUGUUCCACAUGGUGGCGCAGGUGGUGGGGGCGGAGGCGCAUUUCUUUUCAUUUCUAUCAAUCUCCCCACCCGCUUCCCUUUCUUUUCUCCCCCCCAGUUCCACAUGCUGGCGCAGGUGGUGGGGGCGGAGGCGCAUGCGCUGGCGGAGCUGCAGGGCUUUGUGCUGGCGCUGCUGCGCGCCUUCACUGCUGCCAACGCCAUCUCCACCGCCGAGGCAGACGCCAUCGCCGCUGCUGCCAUCCUCGAGGGUGGGGCCGUGGAGGAUGACGUGCUCUGA